AUGAAUCUCAUCCUCUCUCGAGAUACCCAAGUGAAGAUAAUGGAGAAUACAGUCACGAACGCAGAGAAAUACUUUGGGAAAUUCUGCAGUCUGAUGGCUGCUUAUACACGCAAGACUGCAAAGCUUCGGGACAAGUCGGACCUGCUAGUCAAACAGCUCAUUGACUACGGAAACACAGAGAAUCCCGAGCUGCGAACCACUGUGAAAAACUUUGCUGAGGAGCUGGCAAAGGUGCAGGACUACAGGCAAGCUGAGGUAGAGAGACUGGAGAUGAAGGUUGUUGAGCCUCUGAAGAUGUAUGGGAUCGUUAUCAAGCAAACCAGGGCCGAGAUUAAGAAGUUCAACAAAGCCAGAAACAAUGAAAUAAAGCAACUGGAGAAGUUGGAGAAGAUCCGACAGAAGUCGCCAUCUGACAGACAGUUGAUCUCACAGGCUGAGUCUCAGGUACACAAAGCCACUGUUGAUGCAAGCCGCAGCACACAACAGCUCGAAGAGACUAUAGAUGAGUUUCAGAAGCAAAAGCUGAAAGAUAUUCAGAAGAUCUUCUUGGAUUUUGUCACCGUUGAGAUGGUCUUUCAUGCAAAAGCUCUAGAAGUCUAUUCCAAUGCCUUCCAAACUCUCGAAAGCUAUGAUGUGGAGAAAGAUCUGGAGGAUUUCAGAGCAAAAAUACACAUUACUUCUGGAACCUUCCACGAGACAAGACCAGUCACCGCAACAAGCCAAUCUACUGCCCUCCCAUGGUCCACACAGAGCAUUCAAAGCACUCUUCAGAAGCUGACACUAGUGGAGAGUGGCGAAGAGUCUGAAGAGGACCAGCUGGAAGAUUUAAGAGGUGCUGAGUAUACCCAGAUUCGGCGGGUAACCAGCAGAACCACAUGAGACCAACCCCUUGAUUCAUUAAGCUGUGCUGUAUUUAUUUCUGUUUCUGCUUUGAGAUUUAAGCUUUCAUGCAGGUUUGCCCUAGAUCAGAGGCAUACAUUGCGGUGACCUCCAGAUGUUGUUGGACUCAAAUUCCCAUCAGCCCCAACCACCAAGGUCAAGAGUCAGGGAUUAUGGGAGUUGUGGUGCAGCGACAUGUCAAAGGCACCACACUGACUACCCAGAUCAACACCCACCACUCCUUCCACAAUCUUGAGAUUUAAAAUAAAAUAAAAUGUGAACUUCCAA